GGGAAGUCUGUGAGCCGGCUUAGCGAGGGGCAAUCUACUUGCCCAGACCAGGCAAGCUCUGGAACAUCGCGUUCGCUCCCCUCUACAGUUGUGUACAGGAGUAACAUUGACAAAGAUCAAGGCUUAAGUACUUUAGCCUCUUCACCAUCAUCCUCUCUCAAUCAAUACAAAAAAGCAACAAUUUCCGAACUCCGUGGCACGCCGUGCUAGGCAACAACUUGCCCAUCACACCCACACUUUCCGUUGUUCAACCACGCAACAUCAACAUGGCAGAAAAGGUAAACCCUCUCCGAAUCGCAUGGGACUCAUGUCAGCUCUUCUUCUAUCACCACCCUUUGAUGAGGGCCGCCGGCAAGGCAUGUCUCUACACGCUCUUUUGUCCCUUUUUCUGCUGUUAUUGUUGCUUGAUGAUCCCGCAAGCCAUAACACCUAAGUGUGGAAAUUGGCGUCGGCAGAAGCAUCGUGAAAAACAUUCGAAGAUGGUCAUAUUACAAAUCGAGAAGCGCGAACGACAGCACAAAAGACGCAAUUCACUCACCAGCGAACCGUCUACCGCUCGAAAGCUGGGCAAUUAUCUGAGAAGACGGGAGAGGUGGUGCGAUCAGGAAAGCUCUACAUUCUUCUCCAAGCUGCCAACCGAGAUCCGCAUGCACAUAUAUGCACUUGUGCUCAAUGGGAAAGAUCAUAUAUACAUUGACCAAAAUCGUUGGAACGAAAGGUUCGAAAUCAACUGUCGUCUCCUCGACAAACACGCACAUCUCUUUGUAGAUCUCGAUAGAGCUACUACAAAAAGAAAAGAGGACGGAAACCUAGAUACGAUAGGCAAAGGGAGACCGCAGGCGACAGAUACAGAAGAUCUAGAAAGGAAAGAGAGCAGAAACACCGAGACGACAGAAGCCGCAGAUGGCCGACCACAAGUCCAUAAUCCGUCGACAACAAAGGGUACACAAGAUCGCAACGGAAGGGAACCUAGACGUACAAAAUCCUUACUACCGCUUCUCCUGACUUGUCGUCGCGUUUACGCCGAGGCUAUUCCUCUGUUAUACUCAGGCAACACCUUCGUCACUUGCGUAGGACACAACCUGCACUAUUUCCCUCGCUCAAUACCGGAAGUCCAUCGCGACCGCAUCACUUCCCUGGUAAUCUACUCGCCAAUCGGGAGUGGCAUCAGCUGGGAGUCCACAGAGCGCACACUCCUGAGCUUCAAGAAUCUGAAAAGUUGUCGUAUUGUCAUCGUGGAGGAGGAGGCCCUCCUUUGGCCCCGAUCGAGGGAGCACUUGCGACCCGAAUCGUUGAAUGACGUUCAAUCGUUGUAUGGUAUUCACUGCCUACCUAUACUACGGGGUAUAGAAGAGACAUGUCUUUGGGAUAAGAUCACACUUACGAUCGACUUUUGGAGUGCAGGUAUGAGGAUCAGAGUGGGAGGGGAAGAUAGAAGACUACAGGCACGCGAGAAGUUGGGCUAAAGGUUAAUAUGGUAGUGGGAGGGUACAGCACGCCAAUUUUGAUGGAAACACGCUGAAUGCAAGACACGUUCCUCAGUCUCUCUACAAUAUUGGCGAAGUCGUCUACUAUUAGUCCAUGGUUUGGCUUGCCGCCUGACUGCGUUCCAUCAAUUCUUUGACC